AUGAAGUGGCUUGGGAUCCUUGGGCUGGUGGCCCUCUCAGAGUGCUUGGUCACAAUCCCUUUGAUGAAGAUCAAAUCCAUGCGCGAAAACCUCCGGGGAAACAACACGCUGAAAGAUUACCUGGAGAAGUAUCCUAACAGCCUGGCCUACAAGUUUCUUCACAAGCAGCCAGACCCAGGAGUAUCUUUCGAGCCCUUGAGGAACUACCUGGAUCUGGCCUACGUCGGCGUCAUCAGCAUCGGGACGCCCCCUCAGAAGUUCAAGGUCGUCUUUGACACGGGCUCUGCUGACCUGUGGGUGCCCUCUGUCUACUGCUCCAGCCGGGCCUGUGCCACGCACCGUACCUUCAACCCUCUGCUGUCCUCCACCUUCCUGGUCUCCGGCCAGCCCGUUAACCUCGUCUACGGCUCCGGGAAGGUAUCGGGAUUUCUCGCCUACGACACUGUUCAGAUCGGGGGCCUUGUGGACCUAUCCCAGGCCUUCAGCCUGAGCCUAGAGGAGGAGCCUGGCAAUUUCAUGGAAUUCGCUGUCUUUGACGGCAUCCUGGGGCUGAGCUACCCCAGCCUCGCCCUUCGAGGGGCCACUCCCGUCUUCGACAACCUGUGGAAACAAGGCCUCAUUGCUCAGAACCUGUUCGCCUUCUACUUGAGCCGCAAGGACGAGAAGGGCAGCGUGCUGAUGCUCGGAGGGGUGGACCCCUCCUACUACCGAGGAGACCUCCACUGGGUGCCCGUGUCCAGACCCACCUACUGGCAGGUAGGCAUGGACAGCAUCUCCGUGAACGGAGAGGUCAUUGCCUGUGAUGGCGGCUGCCAGGCCAUCAUCGAUACUGGCACCUCCUUGCUGACCGGCCCCCGUGACCCUGUCCUCAACAUCCAGGAGCUCAUCAAUGCCCAACACUCCUAUGACGGCGAGUACGCCGUCGACUGUAAUGCCGUCCACACUCUGCCUGACAUCGUCUUCACCAUCGAUGGCGGCAACUAUCCAGUGCCAGCUAGUGCCUAUAUCCAGAAGAACCAUCUGGGCACCUGCCGCAGCAACUUUGAAGAGUCUGUAGGUGACGAGCCUUACUCGGACAUCUGGGUGCUGGGAGACGUUUUCCUGAGGCUGUACUUCACUGCGUUUGAUAGGGCCAAUAACAGGAUUGGCCUGGCCCCCGCUGUGUAAAUGCCGGGGCUCCUCCAGGCCGCCCCAGAUGCACAUUUCAA